AUGUACUGGGCUAAAGUUUUACAACGGACUGCGGGCCAGUGGCCAGACCACAGGCCAGUGGCCAGACCACAGGCCAGUGGCCAGACCACAGGCCAGUGGCCAGACCACAGGCCAGUGGCCAGACCACAGGCCAGUGGCCAGACCACAGGCCAGUGGCAUGGAACACAGGCCAGUGACCAGAACACAGGUCAGUGGCCAGGACCACAGGCCAGUGGCCAAAUGGCCAGACCGCAGGCCAGUGACCAGACAGGCCAGAGGCCAGACCACAGGCCAGUGGCCAGACCACAGGCCAGUGGCCAAAUGGCCAGACCACAGGCCAGUGGCCAAAUGGCCAGACCGCAGGCCAGUGACCAGACAGGCCAGAGGCCAGACCACAGGCCAGUGGCCAGACCACAGGCCAGUGGCCAAAUGGCCAGACCACAGGCCAGUGGCCAGGCCAGUGGCCAAACGGCCAGACCACAGGCCAGUGGCCAGACAGGCCAGAGGCCAGACCAGUGGCCAGACAGGCCAGACCACCCACCAGUGGCCAGACCACAUGCUAGUGUUCAUGGCCCAAUUUCAUAG